GCAAAGAGUGCCUCUUUCCCAGCCAGCCGCUCUUUCUUGCUCUUUCUUUACCCUCCGGGCCCCCACUAUGCCCCGUUUCACUUUUCCCCCACUCCUGCUGCUUUCGCUGCUCCUGUGCUCCUGGUCCCAUCGCCUGAUAGGGGCAAAAGACAGCGGUAACACCAAUGAGUGCGGUCAGUGCAUCCCCGAGAACUGCGAACCGGUGCGAUGCAAGGCUCCGGAGCUCUCGGUGCGGGACGACUGUGGAUGCUGUGAGCAGUGCCUGGGCGCCGAGGGCGAGCUGUGCGGGGGCAGAAGUGGCGCGAGCCGGAGGCACCAAGCCCGCUGCGGCCCGGGACUUGUCUGCGUAAGCCAGUCCCGGGAGGUACUGGGGGCUGCCGCGUCCCAGGAGUCACUGCCUGAGGAGUUGGAGGGCACGGGGCUGUGUGUGUGCAAGGAGGACGGCGCCGUGUGCGGGUCGGACGGCCGUUCUUACCAGAGCGUGUGCGCCCUGCACCUGCACAGUUGGAUCUCGGUGAGGGCUGGCCGCGAGCGUGUUCACAAGGCUCACGAUGGCGAGUGCAAGUUAGCUCCUGUGAUUGUUCUGCCACCUAAAAAGAUUCACAAUGUAACUGGGGCCCAAGUCUACCUGUCCUGUGAAGUGAAGGCUGUUCCAACACCAGUCAUCAGCUGGAGAAAGAUCACAGAGUCUCCCAAGGGAGUCAAGUUGCUGGAGGAGUUGCCAGGAGACCGAGUUAACAUGGCUGUCCAGGUUCGUGGUGGUCCAUCCAAACACGAGAGUACAGGUUGGGUUUUGAUAAACCCUCUGACAAAGGAGGAUGAAGGGGUGUACCAGUGCCAUGCCACUAACAUGGUGGGGGAGACACAAUCCUAUGGUACAAUAAAGGUUACAGAUCUGAAUAAAUACAAAAAAACGAACUUUAUAGCAUCAGAUGGUGACAUUUGAUGAGGGUGCCAGGGAAGCUGAUUACAAAAUGGAGAAGAAUCAAUUAGUGGAUUGUUUUGUUUUAUUGUGUAGCAUGAGCUAGAAAACACUGCCCCAUUUUUACGUGCUUUUCAAUUUAGAUUAAAAACUAGAACAAAAAAGAUACAGAUGUAAUUUUUAGCUGGGAAAUAAUGUACAAGGAAAACAAAUUAAAACAAAAUCACAGGCAGCUUUUGAGAAGUGACUUUCUGUAGAUAACUUGUGUUUUUUUUUUCUUAAGCUGAUGUCUCCCAAGGGAAAUCUCUCCCUAGUGUACUUGUACACUUAGAAGUGGAAGCUUCAUACUCCUGCAUCUUCAUUUAUUCCAACUGUAUAAUGAUUGUUUAGAUGAUGUGUCCUUACCUCUCAGGUGACCUUGUAAGAGGGAAAAGAUGGAAAAUGCAUAUAAAAAAUUCCUUUUAAAAAUUGUACUGCUUCAGGACACGGUAUGAAUUGUUGAGGAAUAAAAGGUCCCCUUAUUGUCUUGCAUUCUGCUCUGAAGCAUUUAAUGUUCUGUCAACUACUAGUUAAUGAAACCUACAAGGCACCUGCCACAGACUUACUUUAGGCAAUCAAGAUGCUAAUUUUUAAACAUAGGUUUCUAUCUGAGGAGCAAACUUUUACAUUGUUUGGUGAACAUUGUAUUAGAAUUACAGUAUUAGAUGCUAACUGUAUCUAGUGAGAUAUGAAAAUAGAAAUGUUGUAGUAGUAUAGAUUUUGCUUUUAGAUGCUUCUACCCUGUCCAUGAAUAUAAUGGGAUAAUUUUUUAAAAAAUCAUUGCAGAUAUGAGCUACAUAAAGUGACCCCAGAUGCCUAAAACUUGUUGUUUGUUUAGUCAUGCCUGACUUUUCAUGACCCCAUGGAGUUGUCCAUAGGAUUUUCUUGGCAAAGACACUGGA